AUGUCGAAAACUGCUUCCCUUCCCUCUGAAAUCACCGCCGCCCUCCCGUUAGGGUACACUAUCCGAGAGCUUCAAAAAAAGGACAAGGCGGAGGUUUUGGAAGUUCUAACGGUCCUUACCACUGUUGGUGAUAUUACAAACGCCGCCUGGGAUGAGCGAUUUGAGUAUAUCUCUAAGCAUGACGACACAUACACCAUCCUAUGCAUUAUCGACGACGAGGGGAAAGUUUGUGCUACAGGAAGCCUUAUCAUAGAACGGAAAUUCAUCCGCAAUUGUGGGCUUGUUGGCCAUAUUGAGGAUAUUGCGGUUGCAAAGGACCAACAGGGCAAAAAACUUGGACUACGGAUGAUCAAUGCUCUGGACCACAUUGCGGAGAAGGCUGGCUGUUAUAAGUCGAUCCUGGACUGCUCAGAAAACAAUAGAGGCUUCUACGAGAAAUGCGGAUUCAAAUUCGCCGGGAUUGAAAUGGCCCAUUAUUAUAACAAAUAA